UUCCCCCCUCCCCCGCGCCUCCUCUCCCGCAUCCCUCCAUCCCUCUGCCGCAGCCGCAUCGCCACCGCAGCCCUGGUACAGCCGAGCCCGGCCCAGGCCCCUGAUCCUACCCCUGUUCCAGCCAGGCUCGGUCCCCUGCCCCCUCCCCUGGGGAACCCAGGUGGCUCAGGUACCCCUCAAGUCCCCAGACUCCGGGGAACCCCUGCGCCCCCGGCCCGUGCCCCCUCACAGCUUAGGCAGGAGGGAGAGACGAGGAGGAGGAGGAGGAGGAGGAGCCGCCGCAAGAUGAAGGAUCGGACCCAGGAGCUGCGGAGUGCGAAAGACAGUGACGAUGAAGAGGAGGUGGUACAUGUGGACCGGGAUCACUUCAUGGAUGAGUUCUUUGAACAGGUGGAAGAGAUCCGAGGCUGUAUUGAAAAGCUCUCUGAAGAUGUGGAACAGGUGAAGAAACAGCACAGCGCCAUCUUGGCCGCCCCCAACCCCGAUGAAAAGACCAAACAGGAGCUGGAAGACCUGACUGCAGACAUCAAGAAGACGGCCAACAAGGUUCGAUCCAAGUUGAAAGCCAUCGAGCAAAGUAUUGAGCAGGAGGAAGGACUGAACCGAUCUUCGGCUGACCUUCGUAUUCGAAAGACCCAGCACUCCACAUUGUCCCGGAAGUUUGUGGAGGUGAUGACUGAAUAUAAUGCGACGCAGUCCAAGUACCGAGACAGAUGCAAGGACCGGAUCCAGCGACAACUGGAGAUCACUGGAAGGACCACAACCAAUGAGGAGCUGGAGGACAUGCUAGAGAGUGGAAAACUGGCCAUCUUUACCGACGAUAUCAAGAUGGACUCACAGAUGACCAAGCAGGCUCUGAAUGAGAUUGAGACAAGGCACAAUGAGAUCAUCAAAUUGGAGACCAGCAUCCGGGAGCUGCAUGACAUGUUUGUAGACAUGGCCAUGCUUGUGGAAAGUCAGGGGGAGAUGAUUGACCGCAUCGAGUACAAUGUGGAACACUCUGUGGACUAUGUGGAACGGGCUGUGUCCGACACCAAGAAAGCCGUGAAAUAUCAGAGCAAGGCCCGGAGGAAGAAAAUCAUGAUCAUCAUCUGCUGUGUGGUGCUGGGGGUGGUGCUUGCGUCGUCCAUCGGGGGGACGCUGGGCUUGUAGACCUGUCCCCUCACAUUCCCCUCAUCUCCCCAAGACCCUCUCAACAGAAUGGGAGCAAUACCCCUCCCCCCAUCCAUCCAUCCAUCCAUCCAUCCAUCCAUCCAUCCAUCCAUCCAUCCAUCCAUCCAUCCAUCCAUCCAUCCAUCCAUCCAUCCAUCCCCCAGCUUCCCUCAGUCCCUCUCCCUUCUUCCACUCCAGUCUCAGCCCCUAAGAUUGGAUCCAGGCAGUCCCCCCCUUCUCCUCCUCCGCCCAUAAUGUGGACCUGAGCAAUCCCCUCCCCACCCCGAAGUGGGACUCACACGUCCCAUGUCCCCCCUCCGCAUGUAGAUUACAGCAGGCAUGAGCCCUCACCACCUGCCUCUCCCCACACAGGCCUAGCACCAUGGGGGCCCACAUGCUGGUGAUGUGUAGGGUGGGCAUGUGUGUGCUCGGGUGUGUGUGCACGCUGGAUCCCCUCUCCCGCCCUCCCCUAUCACCCCAUCUCAUGCGUCUGCCUGUGGCCUGAGCUGUCAUAUGCAUUGUGGUCGAGUGUAUACCUCCAUCAACCCCAACUGUGUUCGUCCAGUACAGGCUGUAGGGGCCCUGGUAGUGGGAGAAGGUGCAGGCACGUCCAUGGAUCUGUGUGCACACUCACAGGCACUGACCAGGUUUGUGUGAGGGGCAGCUUUUGCAUCCACACACACACACACACACACACACUCAUCAGUUGUAGAUGACACCCUGUGAUGUGCAUAUGCACCCUCUCCCAGCUAUUCACCCAGGAUGUAUAGAGAUCACAGGUUGGGGGGUGGGUGUGCUUAGAUACACACCUGGAGGUGUAAAUAACAUGGCUCGGUAUGUAUAGAGAGAUACGCUCAUUUCUUCCCAGCCAAGUGUAGAUAGCCAUGUGUACACAUCUACCUUCUUGCUCUGUUUAUCCACACAGGAUGUAGAUACCUUUUGUGUCUGUUGUAUUGCCAGUCUUUGUUUAAGCAGUGUGAAAAUUCACAAACGUACACAUACAUACAUACACACACACACACAUGCAAAUAUUCCUUUCUCCUAGUUGUAUAUAAAUUACCUUUGCAUGUGUGCGCAUGCAUGGGUGUGCAUGCUCCCACACACAGUUACUUCCAAGGGGUGUGUGUGGAGUGUGGUUGUAUGUUACCCAGAGGCAGAGCCCACCACACUGUGUAUAUAACAUCUGUUUGUGUGGGCACAGAGAUAUAUAUUUCUAUGACAUAUCUAUACAUAUUUGCGUGCAUGCGUGCGUGUGUGUGUGUAUACAUGACUACAUGGUGUGUAUAGAAACCAUUCCGUAUUACAUAACACACAUAUAUUUAUCAGCACAGCUGUGUGUCCUGUAUGGGUUCGUGUGUAUCUGUGUUUAUCUGAGAUCAUUUCCCACCCUCCUCCUCCCCCUCCAGGUCUGCACAAGUUCAUGUGGGGAGAUGCAAGCACAGACAUAGAGUCAUUCAAAUAUUGUGCAACCAGGCAUUUUUC